AUAAAAAAUCUUAUUUGUUUGAUUUUAUCAGUCACACAUUACCUAGGAACUGCGAAUAUAAAAAUAAUUAAAAGCUACUGAUUUCAUAUUUAUUUAUUCCUCAAAAAGAAUCUCUCUCUCUAUAAAUCACUAUAAAUCACACACACAAAAUGCGUGUGUAUCGUAUGGAAGUUUCAUAGAUGCAUACGUACAUCACUUGUCAGUCGACAUCCAUCCCCCAUAGCCUCUCCCGCUACUUCUCUGAAUACAGACUGACACAUACACCCACACAGUAGAGCGUAUUCCGAUACCGACAUGGGCAGCGCCGAUGGACCUUGUGGAUCCGUGGAGGAGUUCCUCAGCCGGUGUCAGCCGUCCGGCGACGCGGCCUACACUGCCCUCCGAUCACUCCUCGAACGCCUUGAGGACCCGAGUACCCGGGCCGGUGCCCGGAUCUUCCUGUCGGAGCUCCACAAGCGAUUCGGCUCCAAGGAAGCCUCGGAGAGCUGUCUCCGGACCUACCAUUUCCAAAUUCAGGACAUCUAUCUCCAACCACACGAAGAAGGUCCAUUCUCAUUUUCUCCUGUUACAGAUUUCCAGAAGAGGAAGAAACUUACGAUGAUGGUAAUACCCAGUAUCUUUAUGCCAGAGGACUGGUCUUUCACCUUUUAUGAAGGACUUAACAGACAUCCGGAUUCAAUUUUCAAAGACAAGUCUGUAGCCGAACUUGGUUGCGGCAAUGGAUGGAUAUCCAUUGCGAUUGCAGAGAAGUGGUCCCCCUCAAAGGUAUAUGGUCUCGACAUAAAUCCAAGGGCAAUAAAGAUUUCUUGGAUAAAUCUAUAUUUGAAUGCUUUGGAUGAAAAUGGCCGACCAAUUUAUGAUGGAGAGAAGAAAACUUUACUUGAUAGAGUUGAGUUUCAUGAAUCUGAUUUGCUGUCUUACUGCAGAGACAACCAGAUUGAACUUGAGCGAAUUGUUGGAUGCAUACCACAGAUUCUUAAUCCUAAUCCAGAUGCAAUGUCUAAAAUCAUUACAGAAAAUGCCAGCGAAGAAUUCUUACAUUCUCUAAGCAAUUAUUGUGCCCUCCAGGGCUUUGUCGAAGACCAGUUUGGUUUGGGACUGAUUGCAAGGGCUGUUGAAGAAGGUAUAUCUGUAAUAAAACCUCAUGGGAUCAUGAUUUUUAAUAUGGGAGGCCGUCCAGGACAAGCCGUAUGCGAGCGUUUAUUUGAGCGCCGUGGUCUGCGUUUUAAUAGGCUUUGGCGGACUAAAAUUCUUCAGGCUGCUGACACAGAUAUCUCAGCACUAGUUGAGAUUGAAAAGAAUAGUCGACAUCGUUUUGAAUUCUUCAUGGGGCUUGUUGGAGACCAACCAAUUUGUGCCCGAACAGCGUGGGCGUAUGCCAAAGCCGGCGGGCGUAUAUCUCAUGCUUUAUCAGUAUACAGCUGUCAACUUCGUCAACCUUGUCAGGUGAAGAAGAUUUUUGAGUUUCUCAAAAAUGGAUUUGAUGAUAUCAGCAGCUCGUUGGACUUGUCUUUCGAAGAUGACUCAGUUGCCGAUGAGAAAAUUCCAUUCCUAGCUUAUCUUGCCAACGUUCUAAAAGAAAUUUCAUUUUUCCCAUAUGAACCACCUGCUGGAAGCAGAAAGUUCCGUAGUCUCAUCUCUGGCUUUAUGAAAAUAUACCAUCACGUUCCACUUACUGCAGAUAAUGUUGUUGUGUUUCCUUCAAGGAGUGUGGCUAUUGAAAGCACUUUACGCGUGUUGUCCCCACGCCUCGCCAUUGUAGAUGAACAACUGUCUCGACAUUUACCAAGGCAAUGGUUGACAUCCCUAAAUAUUGAGGUAUGGUGAUUAUGAAA